AGCCCAAAUCACGGAAGAGAUUCUGCAGUCCUACUAGUUUGGCAAGUCCGCAGGGCUCAAAGCAGCGCAGAAAAAAGGCGGAUGAGAGCUCCGAAAGUCACUUUUGGCGCACAUUUUACACAGUUAUCUUCUCCCGCAGACGGCAAACGGCAGCGGAGUCAUGGAGGGUGCCAUCCAGGCCGUGGUGAAAACCUUCCUGAAGUCAUCCAAAGGAAAAGAGAGUCUAGGAAAGAAAGAGUUUCAAACCCUCGUCUCAUCCCAGCUCGGCAACAUCCUUUCGGGUGCAGACAGCAAGGAAGCAAUCAACACUAUGAGCCAGGGACUAGACUCUGACUCUGACGGCAAGGUUGGCUUUGAGGAAUACAUGAAGCUAAUAGGCUACCUGGCCUGCUCGCUCAGUGAGCAGCGUGUCCUCAGCAAACAGGAACCUGCAGAAAACAAUGCAUCCCAACCAGUGGUGCAAAGCACCCCUGGCAGCACAGCAGAGCAACCAAAAGAGAACGCAGAGCCAAAGGAGGAACCAAAACCAAAAGAAAACGACGAAACAAAGGCAGAACCAACUGCUGAGGCAAAGGUAGAAGCAAAAGCGGGCGCAAACCCUGAGGUAAAGGUAGAAGCAAAGGCAGAGGGGGAAACCAAGCCAGAGGCAGCUACGGUGGAAGCAGCAGCAUCGGCAGAGGCUGAGGUAAAAGCUACAGAGAAGGAGCCAGAAAAAGCUGAGGAAACACCAAAAGCGGAGGAGCCAACAGAGAAGUCGCCUACUGCUGCUGAGGAGGACGUAGCGAAGAAGACAGAAGAGGCGUCUUCAUAGGGGACAAUCCACUCCUUCAACCAAAAUCACACUACAGAAAUCAACCCUGCAGAGAAACGUAACAUUAAUUCCAAAAUAAUUUGGAAAGCCACUAUUUUUAUAUACAUUAAAAUACAACAGUUUAAACACAACAGAAACACUAUUCUAUAUAUAUGAUUAUGUACAUGACAGUAGCUUUGUACUACUUUUACCACUAUGUUUAUAUGUACAGGAUGUGCAUCCCACUAUAUAGCACAUUUACCUCAUUAUGAUGGUGUACUAUGACAGCAUGCAGUUGUCUACUUUAAUGUGCAUGCAGUAUCCAUGUGAAAGAUUCCCUGGAAACUAUGAUUUUCCUGCACACUUGACUGAAAUAUCUUAACUUACCACUACAAUCAAAAGGCCUUUCAUCCAGCCAUGCAUUGUCUAUCUGGGAAUUUUUCACUUUCUGUCACUUUUCCACUAACAGUAGAGCAAAGCGGUUCUUUUGUAAAGCUUUGGCAACAAUCACUUUGCCAGGCACGUGUGACUUAAAGGAAUAACGGGACAUUUUGGGAACUUGCUAACCAAAAUUUGCGUCAAAUGAACUUACCAAAUGCUUGAUUCUGAUCAAAUUUAACAUUAAAAAUAAUAAUAAUAAUAAAAUUAACAGGCACCAGUAAAUCUUACUGAUUACAUUGUGAACUCUUGUUUUUAUUCCAUACAAACACAAUUUUAUGCUAGCUUCUGAAGCUAACAGUAAGGAUAGCUGUUGUUCCAUGCUAGUUUAGCUACUUGUAUAACCUGAUAGUAUAUUAUUGUUGUUGAAUUUGAAAAUAUUUCUGUAUUUGGUGCACUUAAAUAUGCUUUUUAAAUAUUCAGCAGUUUGACAGAUACUAAAUUGAAAAAUGCAAACAAGAUUGUAAAGUUAGCUUAUACAUGUAGCAGAAGUAGAAAGACGGAUACAAAAUAGCUACUUUCCACUUCUCGCAUGGGCUAAUGUCACAUUUAACUUUACUUGGAGGGUGCAAGUUUUGAGUUUUAAUAAAAUCACAAAUCAACAGGAAUAUCCCUAUUUAGUUAAUUUCACUUCACCACAAACAAACAUACACCCUAAAUUUUAAUUGUUAGCUUAUUAGAUUAAUAUGAAUGUUGAGGCAGAGCCAUUGCUUCAGGCCUCUGUUAGCGUAGCGUGUUGCAGCAUUUGUACUUUGAAAUAGGCAUUUUGGUGUUUCAAUUUAAGCAGGAAUUGAAAAAUUUCUCUUGAUGUUGGAAUUUUUGUCUGAAAAUUCAUGUACUUCUCACCAAACCUGGCUUAAAAUCCAGCAUAUCUGCAAUAUUAUAAUAUUAUAUAUUAUCUCCUUUGCUAGAUAAUAGUCUGUUUUAUGUUCUGGUGCUUUAAAUCCCAUUAUAUGAAUUGUACACAAAUUCCACGUAUUUUUUUACUACGUUGCAGCUAAGUUGGUUAUCUCAAUUUUGACUUUGUUUUUGUCCAAUUUGUCCCUGUAAACAUGUCCAAAUAUUCCUUUAUUGGAUGCACUUAAAUCACUUUUUUGUAUUUUUCUCUAAGUUGGUGAUGUGGCUAAUUUAACAACACAAUAAACAAACUAAUUUGUUAAAGUUCUGCAUACUUAUCUUAAUUGUUUUCUCAUUGCCAAAUUUCUUUUUCCUCACUUUUUCUUUGUCUGUUGCCUUCAGUGUGUUCCCUUAACUCAGACUCCGACAUUAACUGGGAACUGGAGCGUUGGGUGUGACCUUCGGUUAAAUAAUUAAGUCACUGAGGGAAUCUACACCUAAAGGACCAAUAAGGUCAAAAAGGGAGCCCAGAAUAGCCCUGUGGGAGUGGGUUGGGGAUUAGCAGGCCAGGUCAGAAAAGGUGCUUCUGCAACUUUAUCCCCCCCGAUAUGUGUGGAAAGAAAAACGACUGCAACAAACCACCAAGGAGCCUAAAAACUCAUCUUAUUGGAAA